UUUCUUUGCGGUUCGUUUCUCAUUCCAGGAUYAUUCUUUCUCUUUCCUCCCUGUUUUCAAUAUCAUUUUGACGAUCACGUGACGUGCGCGCAAGGUAUACGUUCGGGGAGACUAGGUACUAGUCUCGCCAUCUUGGAUUUCUAAGUUCUCGAAGGAAGUGUUUUCUCCUAAAGAAACUGAAUGAUCUGACGAUAUUUUGCCAUGAUAAAUAGCCUUUUUAUCUUAAACAACACCGGGGACAUCUUCGUGGAAAAGCACUGGAAAAGUGUCAUAAGUAGAUCAAUAUGUGACCACUUCUUUGAAGCGCAAACUAAAGCRUCUGCACCAGAGGAUGUCCCCCCUGUCAUCGCCACACCACACUACUACUUAAUCAGUAUAUAUAGAAAUCAUUUAUUCUUUGUGGCAGUUGUACAAUCAGAAGUUCCUCCAUUAUUUGUCAUUGAGUUUCUACACAGAGCAUUUGAUAUAUUCAAAGACUAUUUUCAUGUUUGUAGUGAAACAACACUUAAAGAACACAUUGUAAUUGUUUAUGAGUUACUUGAAGAAAUGCUUGAUAAUGGUUUUCCUUUGGCCACUGAACCAAAUAUCCUCAAAGAGCUUAUCAAACCUCCAAGUAUAGUCAGUCAAGUUGUCAACACAGUUACAGGGUCUUCACAUGUGAGUUCUCAUUUACCAACUGGUCAGUUAUCCAAUGUGCCAUGGAGAAGAACAGGAGUCAAAUACACAAAUAAUGAGAUUUACUUUGAUGUGAUAGAAGAAAUAGACUGCAUUAUUGAUAAACAUGGAUCAGUUGUGUUCACAGAGAUACAAGGAGUGAUUGACAGCGUAUGUAAAUUAUCAGGAAUGCCAGAUUUGACCAUGUCGUUUAUAAACCCAAGACUUCUGGAUGAUCCAAGUUUUCACCCAUGUGUGCGGUUCAAGAGAUGGGAGUCUGAAAAGGUUUUAUCAUUUGUGCCUCCUGAUGGUAACUACAGAUUGCUAUCAUACCACAUAACUACAGGGGCAGUAGCUAUACCUGUCUAUGUAAAACAUCAAAUUACCUACCAGGAGGGUGGCUCUGGUCGCUUUGAGUUGACGGUUGGACCAAAGCAAACUAUGGGCAAAACUGUUGAAGAUGUUGCCGUAACAAUUCCUUUUCCCAAACAAGUCCUUAAUGUAAACCUUACACCAACAGUUGGUAGUUACUCAUAUGACCCUGUUCGGAAAGAACUCAAAUGGGAGGUUGGAAAAAUCUUACCACAAAAACUGCCAGUACUCAGAGGAAGUAUGUCCUUGCAAACUGGCGUACCUCCCCCAGAUGAAUCAACAACAAUUUCUGUUGAUUUUCGAAUCCCUCAAUUAUCUGCAUCAGGCAUCAAAGUAAGCCGAUUAGACUUGUAUGGCGAGAAAUACAAACCAUUUAAAGGAGUGAAAUAUGUCACCAAAGCUGGAAGAUUUCAAAUCAGAACAUAAACACAAUCAGAUCAAAUAUUUUAUCAAAUAUAAAUAAUUAAUAGAAACUCUGUUGAGCUAGGUUGACUAUCAGGCAAACAGUAACUGUUUUGUUUGUGUUGAAAUUGGUAUUACAAUAUAAUGUCUUUUAUUUGUGAAGGAGAAGAGUAAACACAUUUUAAUCUGGAAGCAAAAAUAAUACAAAAUAGUUGCCAAAUCAUCCUUAUUCUUUUAUUUUCUAUUGUCUAAUAGUUGGCACUAUUUAAUAGUGAGACAGAUUCACAGAUUUAGUGUGUAUACUCUAAUUGCUUACAAAAAAAUUGAUAAAGUGGCAUUUCUUGGUGUCACUUUUGGGAGGUAGGGUAGGGUAUUCAGAAGUCAACUGUCUUUCCUAAAUGUACAUUGAAAAARUAGUUGUGGAGUAAGGGUUACUUCUGUGGUAGCCAGAGCCAUAACAGAGCAUUACAUAAUUUUUAAAAGAAACAAAAAAACAACAAAAUACUCUGAAAUUUGGCCAGAAUACUGUUUGUUUCCAGUACCCACAGAAGACCCCUUGCUUGGCUGCAUAUGUUGUUGAUUAAAUUUCUAAAUAUAAAUUCCUUUUUAGUUG